GGAUUAAACACUAGCAAUUUCUGUUGCCUGCCAGUGGGAGUUUUAAACACUGGCCAUGACCUAUAGAGGAGACGUCUAUUUCAUGCCCGUACUGUAUCUGUUUUCAUGAUUACACGGGUUGGCAUGCUAUGAGUUUAAUUAACGGGUUGACAUGAGACGUUUUGUUAUUGAACUGAAUCUGAUCUUACAUUGACGGUUUGUCAUUGAAUGCUUUGCAAGUGAACUGAAUCUGAUUUUGUCAUUGAGUGAUUUGUUAUGCUAAACUGGUUUAUCUGGCAUGCUUAAAAGUUUUACCCAAGGGCUAUCCAUAUUUACUUACUGAGUUUAUCUAAUAGUUUUUCCUUGUCCACCAUUUCAGGAAGUGAAACCGAGGACGGGGAAACCACGGGAAGUGACGAGUUAGAAGGCUAGCCAUUUCGAGAUUGAUAUAGAUUUUAGAAAUAAAUCAUGUUUUGUAAGAUAGAUUUUACCUUGUGAUUUUAAGUUUAAGUCAUGUUGGACAUAGAAUUAUUGAAAUAUCUGAUUUUAAGUUAUUGGAUUGUUAGAUGUGAAUUGGAUAAGUUCCGAGCCUUAUGCAUUUGUGGGAUCUUCUCACGAGUGCACGGCGUCUGUCGCGCCUUGAAUUCGGUCGAUCAGUCCGAGCUAGCAAUUCAUCUCUGCCUCUUGGGCAAAGUCAACCCCCCAACAACCUUCCACCUCUGAUCCCACCUCAACUCCCACCUCAGCCUCCUCCUCAGGUCCCAGCUAGGUUCUCUCUUGUUGAUCAUGCAAAAGGAGGAGAUGAAAAUCAACCACACAAUUCGGCUCACAACUUAGCCUCUACUGCUAACCAAGACGUAGUUGCAGCUCAGCUCGCUGCCAUGCAACAACAGUUUGGUGUCUUUCGGCUAGUGCUGGCUCAACUAUUAGCCCGGAACAAUCCUGAUAGCUUAAAAAAGCUAGUGGCUGAACAGCGAGGUGCCCCACCUCCACACCAUGUUGCUGACUCCAUACCUCACCCUCUGAACACCAACAUUACAUUGGAACCCUACCACGCUGGCUUCAAGAUACCACAACUUGAAACUUAUGACGGGAUGAAGGACCCCAAUGAUCAUCUACAUGCUUUCUAUUCUUAUAUGCAAGCCCAAAACGCCUUUAAUGCGUUGAUGUGCAAAAUCUUUCCCUCUACUCUCCGAGGCAAUGCUCGAACUUGGUACUACAGUCUACCUCCGAGGUCAAUCAGCUCUUAUACAGAAAUGGCAUCUGCUUUUGCCACAAAGUUUUCCAAUCGAAGGUUGAUUAGGAAAACCACCUCUGAGCUGAUGCGAGUUAGGCAACGGGACAGAGAGUCUUUGAAGAAUUUUAUGAGCAGAUUCAAUGAUGCAGUACUGGAGGUUAGCUCUUUCGACCAGGCUGUGGGAAUUACAGUUGUGAUCUCAAGACUUAGCCAUGAGAGAUUCAGAGAUAGUUUGCUCAAACAUCCUGCCACCACCUUCAGCGAGGUACAUGAUAAAUCAUUGAAAUUCAUAACUGUUGAAGAAUAUGCCUUGUUGCAGAAACCAACCCUUUCUAAGAACCAACACCCCGAAUGGAGAAAUGACAAUCCGAGCAGGAAAAGGAUGAGGAUGGUUCAGAAUCGAGGUCCGAUGCCGACCUCUACACCGAGAUUCGGAGCGCCGAACUUUACUCCCCCCCGAAGUUCGUCCGAGAACAAAGGCCAUAGCCUCAAGGAGUCCGCAAUCCCCCAAAUAGGCAAGGCAUGGGAUAUCAAGGUCAAGCAUCAAAACCGGGCUCAGAAACGGAAGUUUAAUGACGCUAACUGGAAAAGUCAACCCGUUACUUUCACAUCUGCUGAUUUCGACACAGUUGUUACACCCCACAAUGAUCCUUUGGUCACAUCUGUCAUGAUUAACAACUGUGAAGUACAACGUGUCCUCGUUGAUAUUGGGAGUGCACCAGAUAUCAUGUACUUCCACUGUUUCGAGGGUCUUGGACUGGAUCCAGCAUUGUUGCAGAAAUAUGAUGGUCCCAUCUAUGGUUUCAAUAACCAGCCAGCUCCAGUUGAAGUCAAGAUGGCGUCCUCCUUCAACGUUGUUAUUGGCCGACCCACGCUGAUUGAAAUCCGAGCUGUGGUUUCCCAAUCUCACCUUUGCAUGAAGUUCCCCACUCCUAUAGGCAUAGUAACACUACGAGAUAACCGACCGAAAGAUGAAACCAAAGCUGCUCCAGUUGAGGAUGUUGAAGAAGUGCACAUUGAUGACAGAGAUCCGAGCCAAAAAAUGCAAAUUGGAACUAAGUUGAACCCGGGGGAAAAAGCAGAGCUAAUAGCUUUCCUUCGGGCCAACAAAGAUGUUUUUGCAUGGAUUUCAGCAGAUAUGCCGAGAAUUCCCACUUUGGUUUCUCAACAUAAACUUAGCACUAAUCCACUCAAGAAACCAGUAGCCCAAAAGUGGCGCCUCUUUGGAGGGGAGAGGUUACAGGUCAUUAAAGAAGAAGUUGAGAAACUUCUACAAGCUGGCUUUGUCAGGAGGGUCGAUUAUUGUGAAUGGGUCACCAAUCCUGUGCUGGUGAAAAAGCAAACGAUAAAUGGCGGAUCUUCUGGAAACGAGAGAUUAAGUCUCUUGGAUGCAUACUCUGGCUACCACCAAGUUCCAAUGGUUCUUGAGGAUGCAGAUAAAACCUCGUUCUAUGCUGACGAUAAAAUCUAUUGUUAUGUAAUGAUGCCCUUCAGCUUGAAGAACGCAGUGGUAAAAAGUUUGAAAGUUGGAGAUCACUUAACUGACCCCAAGGAAACGUUCAACAACCUCAGAAAGAACAGGAUGAGGUUAAACCCAACAAAGUGUAUUUUCGAGGUAAAGUCGAGAAAAUUUCUAUGCUUCAUGGUGUCCAGAAGGGGGAUUGAGGUCAACCCUGAGAAGAUCAAAGUAGUAGCUGAGAUGGAACCACCAAAUUCAGUGAAAGAUGUGCAAAGGUUGACGGGGAGAGUAGCAGCUCUUCAUAGAUUCAUUUCGAAAUCAAUAGAUAAAUGCUUGCCGUUCUUCAAGAUCAUGAGAUUGGCAGCUCAGAAGGAUGAAUCUGGCAAGCAAAAGAAGUUUGCAUGGAAUUCAGAAUGUCAAGCUGCAUUUGACGAGCUGAAGUCUUAUCUUAGCUCACCUCCCUUGCUGACAAAGGCUAAUGAUGGAGAAAUCCUUUACUUGUACCUCGGGAUAUCAGAUGAGGCCAUCAGUUCUGUGUUAGUAAAGGAAGAGGGAAAGCAACAGAAACUAGUUUAUUACAUCAGUAGCGUGUUACGUGGAGCUGAAAGAUCUGCAAUCCAAGCUCAAGCACUGGCAGAUUUUAUUGUAGAGUGCACUCCGGGUCAUUCAACCCCCAAUCCAGAACCAAACAACUGGACCUUAUAUCUUGAUGGGGCAUCUAGUAGCAAGGGUUCAAGAGUUGGUGCUCUCUUGAUUGGCCCAGAUGGAUACCGAGGUGAACAUGCCUUGAAAUUUAACUUCGUUGCAACAAACAACAUGGCUGAGUAUGAAGCUUUGCUGCUUGGUCUACAACUAGCAUUGGAGUUGAAAAUCAACUCAAUCCAAGUAUACAGUGACUCCCAGCUGGUGGUGAAUCAAACCAACUCGAUCUGUGAAGUCAUUGAUCCUGUGAUGGUGAAAUAUGUAGCCCUGGUGGCUGAGCUGAAAUGCAAAUUCCAGAAAUUCUAUCUAAAUGGGAUAGUACCUGCGGACAAGCAGGAGGCAAUGAAGUUGAGAAAGAAAGCAUCUCGGUAUGCACUCAUUAUUGGGGUCCUCUAUAAGAGAUCUCUUUCACUCCCUCUUCUAUGGUGUUUGAAUCCUUAUGAAGCUGAAUAUGCACUUCGGGAGGUACGUGAAGGUGUUUGCGGGAGCCACGUUGGUGCUAGAACUCUGGCUCACAAAGUCUUAAGGCAGGGAUAUUAUUGGCCAAACAUGUAUAAGGAUGCCACUCACUUUGUUCAGAGAUGCCCGAAGUGCCAAUUCUUUGCACAUCUGACUCACCAACCAGCAAAGGAUCUCACAAACUUGGUAGCACCAUGGCCAUUCGCUCAGUGGGGGCUGGAUCUUCUAGGCCCAUUCGUGAAAGGGGUUGGUGGUGUAACCCAUCUGAUCAUUGGCGUGGAUUAUUUCACAAAAUGGGUUGAAGCUCGGCCAUUAUCCAGUCUUACAUCCAAGAAGUUCACCUCGGUUUACCAUCCGGAGUCCAAUGGUAUGGUAGAGUCUGUUAAUAAAUGCAUUCUAGAAGGAAUAAAACCGAGGUUGGAGCAGCACAAGGCCAAGUGGGCAGACGAGCUCAACAACAUCUUUUGGGCAUACAGAACAACGAGCCGAACUGCUACAGGUGAAACACCCUACCACCUGGCCUUUGUCAAGGAAGAAGCACGGCUUCGGACUCUUGUAUACAAGCAGAAACUAGCCAACUUCUACAAUAAACGAGUCCACCCUCAAACAUUCAAAGUAGGAGACCUUGUUCUCAGAAAAGAUGGCCUAACAGGGUUUGAAACUCGUUUUGGCAAACUCGCCCCAAAUUGGGAAGGCCCUUAUACCGUGGCCGAGGUGCCACAUCCUGGUGCCUAUGUCCUCCAAGACGCUGAAGGAAAGAGAGUUCCUAGAGUCUGGAAUGUCAAUAACUUGAAGAAAUUUUACCCCUAAUAAAAGUCUUUCAAGAGAUCUAUGUCUUACAGUUCUUACUUCAUGAUUGUUGAGAUUCAUUUUACCUCUUAUUCUAUGUAUCCGAGGUCAAUUAGUCCAUUCAUUCCUUGAACCUCACUUCUGAUUAAUAAAUGUCACUUCACAUA